AUUUGUAAACUGUUAUGGCGUUUGUGUCUGAUACACAACGCGUAGAGUGUCUCUUUUUAUGGAAUAAAGAAUUAUUGGGAAAAUUAAGUGAUCAAUCCUUUUGAAACGCUGUGUAAUGGCUAUUUUAGGUGUGUUUCAGUAAAUCGGAAGAUCUAGUAACUAGGCGUUUUUCUCAAAGACAGUACCCAUAAAAGUGAUGUCUGAAUGAAUUUCUCACGGUUUCUAGACAUUCAGUCAUGGUGGGAAGUGCCCAGCAUUGCAUACUUUUGUUCCCUCUUCAGAACUGCCUUCAAUCUUCUGGAUUUUGACAUCGAAGAAUUAGAGGAGGCUCUACUGACAGAUGGCACCGAGGAGUCAGCAAGCUCGCUCUUGACAGAACUUAUAGUGCGACUCUUAAACGGUUGCUUAGGAAACAAUGAUAUCUCAGCUUUUAAUUAUCAGAUGUAUCUGAGGCGACUGUUUAGGCAAAAAUGUCAAGAUUCAGGAAGAUUCAAUCCAUUCAAUACUGACAUAGAUUUUCAGUUCCUCCCCCUCAGAACUAAAGUGGAGAUUUUGUAUGCAUUAUGUGAUUUUCGUCUUGACGCUGAAGAUGUUUUUGAUUUAUUUAAGAAUCUUGAAGCAGAAAGUUUAAGAGUGGAACCGUUGGGAUGGGACGAUAAUGCAUCAGCGUACUGGUACUUCUAUGGAACAAGAUUAUAUCGAGAGGAUAUUAUAAAAAAGAAAGGGAAAAGUAGAAAGAAAAAGAGAGAGAGCAGAAAACGUGGGUGGUUUUAUGGUGAUGAUUGGCUUGAUGACGAAGAGCCAGAGAGAGUGUGGCAGGUUGUCUGCUUCACUGAAGACGAUUGGAACCACUUGACAGAGAAGUUCAGCAAAGCAUCCAGCAAAGUUGAAAAGGAGUUGCACCGUUCCCUGUCACAAAACUUUCUGCCGGAAAUACCAAGACUAUUUCAAGAGAAGGAACGUUUACAACGCAAAAGGUUACUAGAGUUAGCACCGCGCCGCACGUCGAGCCGUGUGCUGCAGAAGAUCAAGCAGAAGGAAGAGGAGUCAAAACAGAGUUCAUAUGACUCCAAGGACGAAGACAGUAAGGAGAGUCCAAACAUGGCACGAGAGAACAGAGCUAGGCGACGGAAUCAAAUAAGAUCAAAAUCAUCAUCAUCAGAUUCUUCAGAUAGUUCAGAGACUAGACAAGAAGUGCCACAGAAAAUAAAGCGCACUAAAGCAAAAGCCAGGCGAUUAAGAAACUCUUCAUCUAGUCACAAGAAUGAACCCCCACCAGAACCUAUUGUGAAGUCUGGUAGGAAGACUAAUAACUCUCUGUCUGCCGCCACAGGACAAAUAGUUAUACCGGACAAUGACGAACCAGUUAACAGCACACGGAAAAAACUCAAAACGUCACAAAUUUUCAGUCAAACUGAAGAAGAUGUACAAACAGAUAUGUACAAAGUGCUAGAACAGCUUAUUGCACACGAAGACGCCUGGCCGUUCGUGGAUCCUGUGGAGGAAGAAUAUGCGCCAAAUUACUAUGCCGUCAUUAGGCGGCCCAUGGACCUACGUAAAAUGGAACAACGGCUAGAUAAUAGAUACUAUACAGAUUUCUCCAUGUUCAAAGAUGAUUUUAAACUGAUUGUUAACAAUUGCCGACUGUACAAUGGCCAGGAUAAUGAAUACACUACAAUGGUAGAUAACCUACAGGCCGCAUUUGAUCGCCUUACGGAAAAAUAUAUUGAUCGGCUUUCAUCAUCUGAUGAAGAAAUAGCUGUGGAAUAUCAACUACCCACACCUUCCAGGAAACAUAAGUUGAAAAGCAGCGAAUCUCCUGAAAGGCACAAGCCCAAAAAAAGGAAAUCUAAUUCAGAUGCAGGAGAUAUGAAAUCUAGUUCCUCAGAAAAGAAAGAGGAGGAUGCAGAAGAAAUAAAAGAAAAACACAAUCGAGAUGAAAACAGCACCAAAAAAAGCAAAGAAUCUCAUAAAAGUAGACAUGACAAAAGUAAGAAAAAACGAAAAGGACAUAAACGUCACGGCAAACAUUCCAAAAAUCACAAGAAAAAUUCUCAUAAGUCUCAUCACGAAUCAAAGAGGCGUAGCAGAAAACACGGGAAGAACAAAGAUAAAGAAGGAAAAAAAUCCAAACAAAAGAAGAAGAAAAAUAAACACCAUAACAUUGAACCAGUUGAGAUCUUAAAAAGGAGUGAAUCGCAAGAGUCGUUAGAGAGUUCUAACAGAAGCAGAAGUGCAAGUCCUCUACCCUCCAUACACACAUUAUCACCCACACCCUCGCCCACUGAACUUGAUAAACCCAAAGAAGAUCAACCAACUAAUAUUGAUUUCUUUAAAGAUAAAUUUGACAACAUUAAAGAAAGGAGACGUCACGCUGGAAGGACAGCCUGGGAAUCUUUAUUUGAUUUCAAACAAAAAGCAGAUGAACAAAAACAUAAUAUUGGUGUCCCAGAGAAAGAGAAAAACCAGAAAUUGCGAGAAACUAUUGAAAAGCUUAAGGCUAAAAAUGAAAAGUACAAAGGCACCUCACUUUUUAAUACCCUUUUUACACCUGGAGGAUCUGAAAAUGGGUCACGUUCUAAGGAUUUCAAAGGUUCAAGUAAAGACGAAGAAACUGAGUUUUCUGAAGAUAAUACUAAUGAUAGUUUAAAGGAAAAACCUGUUGUAAAAAAAGGUAAAAAGAGUUCCGCUAAAAACGCAUCAGCUUCUGAGGCUUUAGAACAAGCUGUUAAAGAUAUAAGCAAGUGGCUGGAUGAUGCCCCAAAAACUUCAGUAAUAAAUUCUCCUUGUGAUAGUCCUGCUCAAACAAUCUCGACUGAGGACCAUGAUAACAGUCGCUUAGAUGAUGAAUCAUCACUAGGAGAGAAGCCAACUAAUUCUAGAAAAGAGAUAUGUCGAAAGCGACCUUCUUCGCGUGAACCAAAAAUAGUCAAAAGAAGAGAAAUUCAAAGAACUAUUGAAAGAUUGCAACCUGGGAAAAGUAAGGGUAAUCUCUUAACAAAUAAAAAUAUAGAAAAGGCAGAAGAGGUUGCAUGUGGAGGAGAUAAUAUUAGUGAUUCUAAAAAAGAAGGAAGUAGCCCUAAACUUAGUUUGGGUUCUGUAUUGGCAACUGUAGAAUUUACAUUGGGAAAUGAUCAUACUUUUAAUGAUGAGCCAGCUAAGAUUGAAUUACCAAAACAAACAUCACUAACAGUUAAACUUAUAGAGGUAAAAUCAACUGAGACACAGGUGGAAAAUAAACCUGAAGAAGCUAUAGCUGUGCCAACGAAAAAAGAUGCUGAAGUAGAAACAGAUCCAUCAAUAACGAUUGAGCCAAGCCAGGAAAAAGCCACUCCAAAUUUGAGUGCUUGGUUUAAAGCUUUUGGUGCGCCUAAACCUACAAGUACUUUAACUAAUGUUAAGAAAAAGGUUGAGGGAACUCAAACAGAAGAAAAAGUACCUGAUAAAGCGAAACCUGACAGUGAACCAAAACCAAUGGUCACAAAGAAUACUACAGCUAAAGUGGAUUCUCCUAAUGAUUUAAAUUCUCCAAUACCUGAUGGUGGAGACAGUCCAAUUCCAAGCGUAACUGCUACUUCACGCCAACGUAGAACUAGUACAGGGAGCUCAAUUUCGGAAAGAUCUUCAUUCAGCCAAGAUUUAGACUCUCCCAGACAUCAAAUGUCACACACAUCACCUUUAUUGCGAUCUCCUGCAUCUCCAAGAACCGAUGACUUUCAAAAAAUUACAUAUCCCAUUAUCAAUGGUACUGUUCGUGCUGGCUUCUAUCAUGAUACUACUUCCGUUAGAAGUAGUCCGGAGAAGAGUUGCAGCCCACGAGAUGCACCACAGUCUCCUUACUCUCCUUAUUCGCCACAUGUCUAUGCAACUAACAAUGCAGGAUCAGCUACUCCUAUCUAUUUUGUUGAUCACAACAAAAGCCCUUUGCCGACAUAUGGCCAAAAUGCUCCACCAUAUUACGAUACCUCGAAGGCACCUUUAGUUAGCAAGCCCCCUAAAGUUCAUGAAGAUUAUACAUCUCUAAGUCCAGACUCAUUUCAGCAGAAUCACUUUAAUGGACCCUUUUCUCCUUCGCCAUCUCCUUAUCCACCUGUACAAACUAAUUAUUCUCAGCCACAGAUAUCUCCACAGCCUAGCAUGUCAACUUCAGAGCCUGUGAACUCUGUACAAGUAUUAAGUGAUCUAAAAACGUCAGUAUUUCCCGUCAAGAAGAGAACAUACAAUGAACCCGAAAACCCAACACCUCCUAAAGCACUACCAGAAAAGGAAACUAUUCGGUCUUCACCAGCUAAAAAUGAUUACCCGAAAAGCUCAUCCUUACAUCCUCAUCAAAGUAUGACAUCAACGUCAGUAGAUGAUAUAGCCUUGGCCCUUAGUGAAAAAUCAGAAGCAUUAAAAUUAAACACAUUCCGUGAAAAACCAAAUGCUCAUGAUUACAAUGAGCGCCAUACCUCUGAACACAGAGACAACGUUUCCUAUGAUAACAAUGCGCACAGUGACAAGAAGGAAAUUCAUCAUAUUGAUCUGACAAAAUCGUCCAGUACCACGAAAAAAGAUAAUAUAGAUAUGGUAAAUAUGGGUUACAUGAAUGUGGAAGAUAGGAGGAAUAAUAUUGAGUCCACCGAAGUGGAAUUCGUGAGCAGAGAACUUAAAUCAAAUAUGGCGCCUCAGCAUAAAGGUUUUGAUAUAGAAGCAAUAGCAAUUAAUCUUGGUAUUAGUAAUCAGCAGUUACCAAAAUUGUUAAAUAAAUCAUUACCUGGGCCUAAUAUGACCCCAGCUCACACUCAUGAGAGACCGCAUAAUGAGGUCACUACGAAUCAGAACAUACCUCAUGCACAUCAUAAUCAAUAUGAUUCAUUGCCACCAGCUGGGCAGCCAAUGAACACGUUUUCGUUAAAUGACAUAGAAAUGGCAAAUAAGAAACUUUACGCUGCCAACAGUAAUAAUUCUUCUUCAUCUGCUCUUGACUAUGGCAAUUGGAAAAUGAAUCAAAUGCGAAAACCGGAGCUACCAUCUGAUUAUUCAGCUAACAGUUAUGCAACUAAUAACGAUGACAAACUAAAAACACCUGAUUCUUUACCUUCAAAUCCAAUAAACUACAAUAAAAAUGUUCAACAAUUUAGCAAUUAUAAUUAUGUGCCCAGAUCAAGUACUCAACGUACUCAAGAAGCACAACAAAACUUACCGGCCAAAUUAAGAAUACCUAAUCCACGCGGACACCUAAAGGCUGAUGCAAUGAACCCAACGACAUCGGUCGGCGAUUCUGACACCUAUUCAAAAAGUAUGGACGCAUAUGCCAAGUCCCAGAAAUCUGAAAAACUUGCGCAAAACCACACCAUUGGUUCAGCAAUACCAUAUAAAACACCGUACACCACCCAUUCUUCACUACCAAUAGAAACAUUGCGGAAUUUGUCAAAUAUACCACAAAUGUUGGAACAAUAUUCAAAUGACGAAAGAUAUCUUUCUAAUUUUGCCAGCAAUUCCACUUCAUUGUACUACGACAAGCCUUUUAUGUAUAACAAAAAUAAAGCAAAUGAAGCUUAUUAUCCAGGGAAUUCUAUAUACUCGCAAGCGACUAUUUCCAACUUGAGUAUAGAUAACAAUAGGCUUAAAAGUACAGCGCAGCUUAUAGCCGAACAAAUGGAUAUUGACGCUAGAAAGUUCAGGGAGAGCACAAGUCAAAUAAUGGCUGCCAACUAUGUGGUGGCUGCAGUGGCUCGCCAGCAUAGAAAUAACGAGGCGGCUGAGAAAAUGGCGAAAACACAUCAAAAUCCAGCAAGUCACCAGAGCACCAGCUCGUUUCCCUUCAUCGGCCAUUCACAAGUUCGUGCCAGCUAUCCGUUUGUUGGAGUCGAACCAUCAUCACCAUUGUACCAACAGUAUUUGCAGCGGUAUCAAGAAGAGUUGCAGAGGCAAACUGGAGCUCAGAUCAUGGGGCUCUACCCGUCGGCUUACUCUUCGCCGCUUGGGGUACGUCAGCCCUACGAUUCCAUAAAUCGCCCUUCCUGGCUUUAAAUGUUAUAUGUACACCCCAUUGCUGAGAAUGCACAUAGUGAAAUUUUGAUUACAUAGUAUACAGGUUGCUCGAGAGUAUUUCCCAUAACUUCAAGGUGUUGACAAGUCCACUUACAGGAGCCAAACUGCAUGACUAUUUUUUUUAACUAAAAUUUAUUUUUAUGUAAUCAUGACAACAUACAGACCAUUUGCUGAAUGUUUUUUUAAUAACAGAUUGCAAAGAAAAAACACAAAAAAAAAUGUAUUCAUACAAAGUAUGUAAUUCAAGUAAUUCCACUAUCCAUGUAACACACGCCUUUAUCUAUCUAUUAGAUACGCAAACGUAGCGGCACAGUAGAUAUAACAAGCAGUAUAAUAACUCGGCCGUAUUUUUGAAAUAAAUACCUACAGCCGCGCGCUCCGUAAACAUGUGAUAGGGCUGCCCGCCUCCAGCAUUUUAAUUACAUUUGCCAACUUUGUGUUUCCAUAUUUUAGUUAUGUGAUUGUAAAUAUACUUUUUUUUAAAUAAACAAAUAAAAUACUUAGUAAAUUGUAGUAAAAUAGGAAGUGAUCAAUAAAAUGCGUGUUGUUUUUUGAUUGGUAGAUUUAAAUAAGGCUGAUACUAAUCAAUGAUCUUGAAGGACCUUCAUAUAUUUAUUUAGGUGAUGCCAUCUAGGUAUUACCACCACACUAGGUGACCAAAUAAUAACAAAUCGGUCAAGUGCGUGUCGGGCCACGCGCAGUGUAGGGUUCCGUAGAUUAUGUUAGCUCUUUAAUCCCUUAUGUAAUGCACAAAAAUACCAAUAACGAUACCCCCACACUAUAGAAUAGACGAUAAAAAAUUGAUCCUGACUUGGCAUGUAGGGAAGGAAAUACAAAAAACAAAUUGAGAUUGACCGGGUUCGCUAGUAGUUUAAUAAAAAAAUCUGGAUAGGUAUAUUAAUAUCAGCUGGCUCUUUACUCUUUUUAUUCAAAUACAUUAAAGUAUGAGCAACACAAUAAUGUUGUUAAAUUCAAACAACUUCUUUACUUAACUUCUUUAUUACAUUAAAAUACAGGUAUACAAAACAUACAUGUCAUAAGAUUUAAAUCUAUGUAUUACAUAAUACUCCUAACACAGAGGGCGAUGGAACGAGCUAUGUUAGGAGUAUCUCUGCGUGAUCGAAUCAGAAAUGAGGAGAUCCGCAGAAGAACCAAAGUCACCGACAUAGCUCAACGAGUUGCGAAGCUGAAGUGGCAAUGGGCGGGGCACAUAGUUCGAAGAGCCGAUGGACGUUGGGGUCCCAAAGUGCUGGAAUGGCGACCCCGCACUAGUAAGCGCAGUGUUGGCCGACCCCCCACCAGGUGGACUGACGACAUCAAGCGAGUCGCAGGGAUUCGCUGGAUGCAGGCGGCUCAGUAUCGUGAUGUUUGGAAGUCCCUACAAAAGGCCUAUGUCCUGCAGUGGACGUCCAUCGGCUGAUAUGAUGAUGAUGAUGAUGAUGAUUACAUAAUAAUCAAAGAAAACAACCUAAAUAAGGAAGGUAAUAAAUAAUUAUUUAAUAUUUAUUACCGUUUACGUCAUUUACCUAUUUACACAAUUUUAUCAUUUAAGCAUUUAUUUAUAUAUAUUUAUAUAUAUUUUAAAUUAUGCCUUUAGAAUACAAAAUAUUAAUCAAACUUUAUAAAAAUAAUAACUUUUUUCCUAGUUGUCAUAAUUAAAAAAUCCAAUACACUGCGUUCGUGACCGCGGCACAGUCGCAACGGUCUUCACCCCACGAUCACCCCACGUACGAGGUGCGUAGGUACAGCUCGCGUUUCGACCUUUAGUAUGAAGUCCAACUACUGGUUAUACUGUGGUAGCGGUAAGACUAUCGAUAUCGACGAGAUAUUCCAACUGAGACUCAGCCGAAUAAAUUUGGAUAGGUCAUAUUAUGAGGAUGCGUUAUAAAGGACACAAUUUAAGAGAUAUUUACAAAAUAAAUAUUUUUCACUCCGAAAAUAUUCAUUUUACAACACAUUCCUUAGACAUUUUUAAUUAAUUUUUCUUAAAGAAUAUGACCCGAGUUAUUGAAAAUACUCCAGAGCACUGUGCAUUCUUAAUUCCCUACUUUGAGUAGUAGAUACAUAAAAAUAACAAUUUUAUUGAUGUGACAAUUUAUAUAUAGGAAAAUGUAAUUUAUGUUGUUUGUAGAAUUAUUGUAAUAGCAUCUUUGUGAAGAAUAAUGGAUUAAUCAAUAUUCAUUCUAUAGAGUUAAAAACUUCAUACAGUACAUAUGACAAAUAAAUGUUUUGUGGCUUAUAACAAUUUACUACUAAUGUUCACCUAUUACUUGUUUAAUGUGAAAUUCUUAUGUUCCUGUGAUCAUGAAACACAAUUUGUAUUGAAUUUCUUUUUCUUUAAUUCUUUACAAGUUAGCCCUUGACUACAAUCUCACCUGGUGGUAAGUGAUGAUGCAGUCUAAGAUGGAGGCUAACUUGUUAGGAGGAUGGAAAUCCACACACCUUUCGGUUUCUAUACGACAUCGUACCGGAAAGUAAAAUCGUUUGGCGGUACGUCUUUGCCGGUAGGGUGGUAACUACCCACGGCCGAAGCCUCCAACCAGCCAGAUCUGGACCAAUUAAGAAAAUCUCAGUCGGUCCAGCCGGGGAUCGAACCAGGACCUCCGUUUUGUAAAUCCACCGCGCAUACCACUGCGCCACGGAGGCCGUCAUAUAAUCAUUAAGUUUAUUAGUUAAGUAUUGGUAAAUAUAUCUUUAUUUAAUUGUUUUUUUUUCUUAAAAUGCUUGCGAUCAAAAUGGCAACUAAUUCUUGUGCAACAAAAAAUAAAAAGAUAACAUUGUUUCUUCUAUGUUGAUGUUUAUAUAGCUAAGCUAUUUAGAAAAUGUCAUACUCAAAUUAAUGUUUAUAAUGUCAGUAGAGCAGGUCAUGCAAUUCAUAGUUAUUACAGCUCGUGCGGAUUAACUUGGCACCUUGCUGGAAUGAUGUUUGUAUGGAUGUGUUUGCUAGCCAGGUGUCAAGUUAAUGCGCACGGUUUAUAUGUCCCAGAAGUUAGUAUUUGUAAGACCCAACAUGCAAUUGUUAUUUUUUUAAUUAAGUUAGACUCUAUCCCUUUUAAAUAAAAUUCCUUGACUACAACUAUUGUUGUGUAAAUACUUUGAUAUUUUGUUUUUUUAGUUUAUAUUCUAUGAGCAUAAUAAGUACUGCUUAAUUAAUAAAUAUUAUUUACAUGUUUUAAAAAAUUAGGUUUAUGUGAUUACGAAAUUAUUAUUCAUAAGAAAUAUUGAAAACAAUCUUCAUGUGUAAAAAUGGAAAUAAAGAUUUUCAAAAUA